UACGUGGAGCGGACCUGGAUCAACGGUUCCAUGUGGCGACCAGAGAACUGGUCUGUGUUCCGAGAACACAUAAGAACAAACAACGACGUCGAGGGGUGGCAUCGCCGCAUCAAUACCAAAGCUGGUAGAGCAAACCUUGGGUUCUAUGUCUUGGUCCCCCUCCUCCGCGAUGAAUCCGAGACGGUCGACCUGCAGAUCCGCCUGGUCAGCGAACAUCUGCUGACCCGCAUCCAACGUAAGAAGUUUGCUUCAAUUCAUGGACGACUCUUCGACGCUUGGGACCGCUACGAGGAGGACGAGCUCACCACCACCCAACUACUUCGGAGGAUCAGCAACAUUGCGGGACUGGGACCAACGACUCCUUCUGACGACGUACACGACGGUGACAUGAAGAAUUAA